CAGCGCACGAGCAGCUCAAAGCCCCUUUCCGAUUUACAGCUAUUGCAACACUUUCAGGUGGUCGCUCCAGCAACAGGUAAAGGGUUGUUCCUGGUAAGGGCCUCAAAUGAGGCUGAUUUGCAAAUGAUUCUUGCUUCUAGUCACUGGAAAGUUGGGGGGCGGGUUCUAGUUGCUGAUCGAUGGAGACCUGGUAUGCCGUUGAAAUUGGAAUCAUCCAGUAGAGUCCGCAUUUGGGUGCACCUUCCUGAUUUGCCGCCUGAGCUUUGGAGGAAUGGUAUAUUUCAUUGGCUAGCCAGAAUGAUGGGAGCGACGUUCGUCGAAGCCAAUGCUUUCACAAAGGAGGUUGCUAGUCUGGGUUUUGCGCGUGUGCUCCUCGAGGUUCCGCUGGGUUUUCAUCCAGUGAAUGAAGUCAAGGUCUCGUUUGAUGAAGGGGUCGCCCUGGUGCAAAGUAUUGAGUAUGAGUCAAAGGUGAGACUGUCGUAAAUGUGGUGCGACAUCCCACUUCACCUUUGCUUGUGAUGAUUUGAAGCAGUCCCCCAGUACAUAUACGGUUGAUGUAGAAGAUGGGAAGGCUUGGAUGGCUGUUAAAAUCCCCAAACGCCGUUCCUUUUCCCUGAACAAAUCGGCUGGUCCAGCUAAUCAGGCGAACGGAUUUUCAGCACUUCAUAGUGUGCCUGGGAGGGAGGAGGGUGUUAAUGUUGAGGAGGGAGGGACUAGCUCUGCUCCUAUCCCUGAGGGCACGAGGAGGAAAUCUAUGCAGGCCAAUGAGACCUGUCCGGAAGUGGUGGGACAUAACAGGGUUUGUAGUAAAGAGGCGAAUCCUGCCAUAACAAAAGGGGCGACUAGUGCAAGUAUCCUUCAAGGCCAGCAGAGUGCCGACUCUAUGGCUAUUGAUGAGACACAUGAUCUCCCAGUCGAUGUUUUGGUGUCUUAUCGAAAAGCUCCAAUGGAGAAGAAACGCCAGCUGAAAAGCAAAUCUACCAACUCAUAAAAAGAGACCCAACAACCACACACAGUCAGAGAAGCUCCUCGCUGAUCUAUAUGCCUCUUGCUCUGACGCAAGCUUGAUCCUUCCUCAGUCCACAGAUCACUCUAGCUUCAGUGCAACUGAAGCCAGGGCCUCCCCAGCUUCUGAAGAUCCGGGUGAUAAGGAUAUGAGUUUACCUUUAUACAAAGAAGAGAAGAAAAUCCAAUUGAAUGCUAAGGAUAACAACCCUAUCAACGGAGAGCUGGUGGGGUGUAGUAGGGAGAGUAGCGCUCUUGCUGGGAUGCAAUGAGGUCGCUUGGAAUGCUCGCGGGCUGGCCGGUGUGACUGCCCAGCGUGACCUCCAGUUAAUUUUUCAGCUUGCUCACCCAGAUAUUGCAGUUCUCAUUGACACAAAAUUGAAUGAGACUGUUUUGACAAAACUCAGUUUGAAGUUUAGCAGAUACCUCUCUGUUUCCAACAUACAUCUUAAUGGCCAAUGGGUCCGGAUUUGGCUUUUGUGGGAUGCUGACAAGAUGCAGGUCCAAACAUCUAAAGUGCAUGCUCAUUGGAUUUCUAUCGAGGUGAAGCACCUAAGUUCUGGCAGAAUUUUCUCUGUUUUAGGGGUGUACCUCAAUCCGGAUUUCCGUAUCCGUAGGUUCCAAUAUGCUGAGCUCAAUGAGGAGCUUUCUAGCUUAUGUAAGCCCAACGUAUGCUUAGGUGACUUCAAUUCGGUGAGGGAGAUGUCGUAGAAAACUGGAAGACCCCCAGCUUUUUGGCCAUGCAUUCUUUUCAAUAAUUUUAUUGCCUCCAACCAGUUUGUGGAAAUUCAUGACCCCAACAGUAAGUUUUCUUGGUCUAACAAGAAAGAGGGGCCUGCUUAUGUGCAAAGUUUGAUUGAUCAUUGCUUUGUCUCCCAUGACUGGUGGGACUGCCGGGAAUGGAAUUUCAGUCUUCGGAUUCUUCCUCGCACUUCUUUUGACCAUAGUCCUAUUGUUAUGGCAGCUGAGAGAAACCAUAUCUUCACUUGUGGCAAAUCGGUCUUCCGUUACUUUAAUUACUGGGAACAAUUUCCUCAAUGCACCAAACUUAUUGCAGAUUGUUGGCCCCAUCAUGUCGCUGGCUGCCCCAUGGUUAGGCUUGUUUCUAAACUUCAACUUGUUAGAGAUAAGCUUCGGGAGUGAUCUAAGCAAGGCCCCAAUGAUCUGGUCAGAAUUAUUGAGAGACUCAGAGUGCAGGUAGGAGUGGCCCAGAACCUUAUGGAUAGGGGCGAUUUGUCUGCAUCCUCUCGUGAGAUUAAGCUUCGCCUCACUCUCAUUAAGCUCAUCAAGAUGGAUGAGGAGCGACUGAGGCAAAAGGGUCGUGUGAGGUGGAUGAGGGAGGGCGAUUCUAAUUCAAAAUUUUUUCAUGUUAUGGCUAAAGGCAGACAACGGAGAAACCAUAUCCGCACUAUCAUGGAUGGAGAGAGGGUUAUCUUUGACAUGGAUGAUAUUUUUGCGUCCUGCACCACUUAUUUCAAAGACCUGUUGACUGACAAUGCGGGUUCGGGGCUCCUUCCUUCAAAUGAUUGUAUAGGUCUGAGGGUGACUGCAGAAGAAAAUGAGCUUUUAGUGAGUCCUAUUCGUGAUGAGGAAAUACAUUGGGCAGUAUUAAGGGUGAAUAAGGAUUCAGCUGCUGGACCAGACGGUUUCAACAAUCGCUUUUAUCAAUCAUACUGGUCCAUCAUUGGGCCCGACGUGAGCCUCGCAGUUAAAGAGUUUUUCCGGUCCGGGCUCAUGGUUAAAGGGAUCAACAAAACACACAUCGUUCUUCUUCCCAAAGAAGAGGGUGCUUGCACUAUGGACAAGUUUCGGCCUAUAUCUCUUUGCAAUAGCAUUCUUAAAUUCCUCACCCAUAUUAUGGUUUUACGCAUGAGACCCAUAUUGAGUCGCAUUCUUCAUCGGAAUCAGGCGGCUUUUUUGAUGGGACACAGCAUCCAGGACAGUUUUUUACUUAGUCAAGAGGUGGUUCAUUCACUUGCUCACAGUAAGGCUAAAGCUGCGUGCGUUAAGAUCGACCUUAGCAAGGCAUAUGACAGAGUGAAUUGGCGGUUCUUGGAGAACAGCCUUAAACUGUUAGGCUUUUGCUCCAAUUGGACUAAGCGUAUUAUGACUGUUGUUUUUACUGUGUCCUCUGCACUGCUCAUUAACGGUAAGGAAGGAUCUUGGUUCUUCACGACGAGGGGGUUACGGCAAGGAGACCCCCUGUCCCCCUAUUUGUUCAUCGUUAUGAUGGAAAUUCUUAAUCGUAGCAUGUUGGCUUAUCUGCAUUUGGGUAAGAUCCGUGGCCCAAAGGUUAGCGCUCUUAGCUCUAUUCAUUCCUCCUUCUAUGCUGAUGAUGCCCUUGUUUUCAUUGAAGGCAGGAAAAAAUUCUUUCUAGGCCUUAAAGAUUGUUUCCUCGAGUUUGAGGCUUGUUCGGGACUCAAAGUUAAUCCCAACAAGACCUCAGUGUACUUCUUUAAUCUUUCUGAUUUCGAGUGCAGCCGACUAUGUGCUAUCACGGGCGGGAAAAGAGGUUUUUUGCCAGUUAUGCAUCUGGGUCUGCCUCUUCAAUACUAGGCCAUCACAGAGAGCCAAUGUCAGCACAUAGUCAUGAAAGUUAAUCAGAAAUUGGCAGGCUGGAAGCAGAAGCUGCUUUCUUAUGUCGGAAGACUCUGCUUGGUUAAACAUGUUCUGACAUCUAUCCCUAGCUAUUGGAUGAUGGUCUUGUGGAUUCCUCUGUCCACAUGCCAACAAAUCGAAAAGUUGUGUUCGGGUUUCAUUUGGGGUGAUGAUCUGGAGCUCAAAGGGGCACACCUUAUUAGUUGGAAUGCUCUUUGUGGGUGGAGUAGGGCUUCGACGCAUGGAGGAUAUCAAUAGGGCUAAUUUCUGUUUUCUCGGGGUCAAAGCUAUCACGCAGGACUCACUCUAGGUCGAUCUCGUCAGGGCCAAGUAUCUAACCAAAAAGAGUCUGUGGCAGUACAAACUCAGUGGGAGCGAAUCUAGCUUAUGGAAGCGGGUGAUCAAAUGUUGACAGUUAAUUGAAUCUCAAGUUCAUUGGAGAGUCAACAAUGGCUCUAGAGUCAAAUUUUGGCGUGACCGGUGGAAUGGUGUGUCAUCAUCUCCAAUAUGAUUUCACCUACUAGUUGGCCACUAAUUCAGGAUACCAUGAACUGCACUAUUAAGGAGUUGUUUGCCGAACAGGAAACCUAUGUCCACAUGUUCCUUGAAUCUAUGAGCAUUCCCAUUCACCUCCCCAUGCUUGAGGAUGGUCGACAGGAUACACUUGAAUGGGUAGACUGCAGUUCCCAGCCGCUUUCAAGACAUCAUAUUUGGGACAUGCUGCGAGAUAUUAGUCCCACUCAGUAGUGGAGGAAUGCCAUUUGGAAUGUUGGAGCCCCUCCCGUGCUGCAUGGACGACCUACCUGGCAGUUGAAGGUCGCCUUCAUGUUGAUGCUAGAGCUCAGAAGCAUGGACUUUACCUUGCCUCCAGAUGUUAUAUUUGCAAAAGGGCUCAAGAAGAUAUCAACCAUGUCUUCCUCCAUUGCAAAGAAGCUAAAAGCUUGUGGGAGUUAGUUAUCAAAAAGUUCAGGCAAAGUAAUUUCCAUCCACUAACGGUUAAUGAUGCUCUCGUAUGGUGGACCUCUCGCAAAUUUAAAAAUAAAGUCCUCUUCAAGUGCUGGAAGAAUCUAUUGCACAUAAUCCUUUGGCACAUUUGGAAAUGGCGCAAUAACUGCAAGCAUGGGGAAAAAGCUGCUAUGAACUAUAGUGGUAAGGCGCUAUGGAGCUACUGCAGCGACUUUAUGAUCUCUAGAGAUUGGAAGCAAGGUGAUAGACAAGCUAUCCAAACGUGGUUACAGGUUGGGCUCCCUUGGGGAGGUUGGAGGUGGGAACAUCGAACUUCCCAUAAUAUUCACAUUGCAGUUUGCCAAAACAAGGAUAGCAGGGAUGUGGCUGCUCUUGUUAGGGAGAGUAGUGGGCGCUAUAUCUUUGGUAUCGCCUGCUGGAGUGAUGCAGCCAGAGCCACUGAUGAAGCUUGGGUUCUUCAGCAAAGUCUUCUAGCUGUCCAGGAAAUUGAUAGGAAUGCGGGCAACAUCAAAGUCAUUUGCAAUAAUGGGUUUUUCCUCAGCCGCUGCUGCAAGUGCUUCAGAGAUGAUUCAUUACAACAGAUUUUGAGGGGCGUUGCAAGUCGACUGUGUAACAAUCUGGUUUUCAUUAGAGAUGACCCUGCUCCCGAGGUGUUUCAUCUUCUUAAAAGAGGUGAUAGUGCCACUAUUUGCAAGGUAUGGCAUCGGCCGUCUCCAGACUGGAGGCCAUACAAGGAUAUUUUGUAAAUGGUUAGGAUCUCUUAGAUCCCAUUUUUGUUGUAAAUACUCUCCCAUUUUUUGUCAAUAAAUUCCGGGGCAACCCCCCAGCAUCAGUUCUCUGGAAUACACUCGCACACACGUGAUAUACAUAUUGAGAGCUUAGACUUGGCCUUCUGACUUUUCAGCCAGAUUCAAGCAGCUUUUCACAAAUCUAACUAUGUUCUUCGUAUAAACUAAAUAGUUGGUGUCCGAAGGGGAAGGGGGAUCCAGAUCAAUGUCUGCACAGUCAAGCGUGUGCAUUUAGAAAGGUUGACUUCUGUAGGCUCUAUUUGACUAUGUAUGUCCAAGCACAGAAGCAACGAAGUGGUCUGGACGUCUGAAGAACCGAAAGCAAAGCUCUAUGCUGGGAUUGGGCAAAAUACAAAAGUAUAACGCGCAAAGCAAAGCAUAAAGUCUUGGCUUGAUUAGGACAACUGUAGCAAAAACUUGUGGCACUGCCUUUUCAGGUAUAUCCCAUACAUCGACCAACCAAGUCAGCUUUCACUUCAACGGAGAUGGAAAGUGUUUAUUGUUUCCCAACGUGACAUAGUAAAUACAGCUACACUGACAUGGAUCUUUUGUCUCCCUUCUUGCUAGGGAAGAGGGUUUCCCAUAUUAUUAACUUGAUUCUGAAAGUUUUUGAACGGAUGCAUCUCAAGCUCUCGCUUUAAUAUAUAUAUAUAUAUAUAUAUAUAUAUAUAGAGAGAGAGAGAGAGAGAGAGAGAGAGAGAGAGAGAGAGAGAGGUCCUAAUUAGUGAGAAUGUGGAACCCUUGUAUGAGGCCAUUGAAGGGCUCAAAUCACCAUUUUCUUCUAAAAGAGAAGAGAAGAAGGUGGUAACCACCUGAUUUUGAAAAGGUGGAAAUCUGAACCCUUGGAUUAAGUUGUCAAAGGGCUUUCUAUGGAAAGACGGAGAUACGGUGACUACAAUUUUGGUACUCACUUAAUCUUAUGCUCUUUAUUCUGGGACAUAUAUGAUAACUGGGUCCGAUAAUAAACAUAUCUAAUCAAUAGAACUUAUCAGUCAAGACAUGACCAGCCAAACCACAUAAUGAUUUGCACAGUAGUUGUUAACAUUAAUGGUGUAUUGUUAUGUGUGGGAAUAAUUUUCUUC